UUCUUCUCGUCAUUCAUUUAAUAGUAUCAAUCGUUUUAAUUAUGUGAACAACUUGAAGAGUAAAAUUAAUUUUUAUGUAUUGUAACAGUAUAUUGUAGAAGCUUUAAGAUUAUUAUUAUUUAAGUUAUAAAUUGAUAUGAAAUAAUGCAUACUACAAGGGCAGAUACUUCAGAACGAAGAUUUGAAAUACAAUGUAAACUGGAAGCAGAGAUCGCCUCCUUGGAAUUGUUAAAGGAAGCGGAAGAAAGAAGUAGAAAAUUAACUAACAGCGUCGUAGGAAUUCUUUCUUCGUUGGAGCAACGUCUGGCUACGUUGCGUCGUACCAUCCUCCCUGUGUACAAUGAAACGGGAAACCUUCAAGCGCAACAGCAAAACAUAGAAAGAACUUUGAACGCUUUGGAUCAUGCUAUUGGAUACUACGGAGUAUGUCAAGAAGUAGAAGGAAUGGUGCAAGCAGGCCCAGGCGGGUCUGGAGACUUGGACAGUUUCUUGGAAGCGAUGAAUCGUCUCUACAACGCCCAACGCUAUUUUCAAAAGAAUAAUCCCAGUUCCGUAGAGCUAGAAAACGUAACAAGUUUAUUUGGCGUUGGAUUGGAUGCUUUGUACGCAGAAUUCCACGAUAUAUUAACUAGACAGAGUAAACCAAUCCUUCCGAUAGUUCUUUUGGAUUUAAUUGGUUCGGAUGAAGAUACCAGCGGCGAAGAUGCUCCACAAUCUCUCUGUCCGUUACCAGAAAGCAUUCUAGGAGAUUUACUUAAAAUUGCUGGGUGGCUCGAAGAAAGAGGACACCGCAGGCACGUUAAAAUUUAUGCAUCGGUACGGUCUACAAUUGUUUCGAGAUCUUUACAGUUGUUAAAAGAACAUCAGAGGAGUGCCAGUGGUGGUAGUACGCAUGCAGGAAGUCCUUUACCGAAAGUAAAAUUUGGUAAUAGACAUUCGUUAGGAAACCAGGAGGCUUGCGGGAGAAGAGCUUCUAGAAGAUUACAGCAUGCUCUCGAGAAAAAAGCCAGCAGAAUGUUAUUAAAAGCUUCGCAAACUACCGGCUUGGGAUUGUCCUUAACUACGUCCAGAAAACCACCACCGCAAUUGUCUGGACACUCCGUAGAGGACACAGCACCGGAUGAACAAGAAAUGGAGAAUUAUCUACUAUUAACAGUCGGUCUUCAUAAACUUAUGCAAGCGGAACGAUCACUAGUCGCCAAGAUCUUGCCAGCUACUUUGCAAGCGCAAGUUUUAGAAGCUACUGUGCGUGAGGCUAUGGAUCUUGUAGCCCACGACGGAGAGAGUAUAGCAACUCGUGCCAAAAGGUGCAUCAUACGGCGUGAUUUCUCAGCAGUACUAGUGAUCUUUCCUAUUUUGAAACACCUCGGAGAACUAAAGCCUGACUUAGAGCGCACUGUUGAGGGCUGCGACUAUGCUCUUAGAUCAAAAUUCACUUCCGUGCUUAACACUCUGAACAUAACUGGAGCGAAAGCACUGGAAGACUUCGCUGAAAGUGUACGGAACGAAUCCAACUCAGUUUUACCCAAAGACGGUACCGUAGCAGAAAGCACAAGUAAUGUUUUAGUUUUUUUGGAACAGCUAGCGGAGUACGCAGACACUGCAGGAGUUGUUUUAAGACGUAGCACUGAUAUGGAAGGUACCAUUUCCAUGAAACAAACAGAGAACAUGUACAAGAUUGUUCUGGGCACCUAUAUCAAGAAAGUAUUAGCACAGUUAAAUUUGGCGCUGUUAAGCAAAAGCGAUACUUGUUACUCGGACGUUGCAUUGAGAACUCUAUUUCGACUAAAUAAUCACAAUCACGUUGUGAAUGCUCUACGCCGUAGCUCUUUAAUGGAAUUGCUGUUACUAGCAGAGCCUAGCGCAGAGCAAACUUACAAUGAUCUUUUGCUACGUGACAAAACUAAUUACGUUUUCACUACUUUCGCGAAAGCACGCACCUACCUCGAACAACCCUUUGAUGAACCAGGGCCAGGCGCGAAAUCAUUGAAAGAGAAAUUUUUGGGAUUCACAAGAGAGUUGGAGGAUGUCGCAAAGUGUCAGCGCUCUUAUUCUGUACCUGAUGCUCGAUUGCGUGAAGAAUUACGCAGUGAACUACAACAAGCCAUUGUCCCUCUUUACACAACUUUCCACAACAAAUACCACGGGAUAUCGUUUUCUAAAAACCCAGCUAAAUAUAUAAAAUAUACACCGGAGCAGAUAUCGGCACUGAUCGACACAUUCUUCGAUACAACGGCAUAAUGAA